AAAAUUUCUAGGGUUUUGAAGAGCCUCUCUCGUCGCCGUUUGUUAUUCCUCUGCGAGCAAAUCGACGAAAUGGGUCACUCUAAUGUCUGGAACUCUCAUCCGAAGAAGUACGGACCUGGAUCUCGUUUAUGCCGUGUGUGCGGGAACUCCCACGGGCUGAUCAGGAAGUAUGGAUUGAACUGCUGCAGACAGUGUUUCCGCAGCAACGCUAAGGAGAUUGGAUUCAUCAAGUACCGUUGAUCAAGCACCAACUUCAUGAUUGAUGCUCAUAAAACACACAUGAUGGCAUCGAUGGGUUUGGCUUUGAAGCUCUUGUAGUUCUGAUAUUUUUACUUGAGAACCAUUGUUAUUUUGGGAGUUUAUUAAGUUGUUGAACCUCUCAUUAAGCAUGUCUUUGUUUGGAUCAAUGAUGUUUUAGCUAUUCUCGUAUUUUUGUUUUAUCAGUCAAAUUUGAUUAAGAAGAAUUUGCAUGUUAUUAGCUAUUACAAGAAUCUUCCAAAAAUCCAUUUGAUAAGCGUAUGGCAAUAGUAUCUUGGCUUCUUAGAUCACUUGUUUCAGGCACAAAACAAAAGCUUCAAACAUUUACUUUUGAUAUUUGGAUUAGGACACACGUUUGUUGUAACUUGUAAGAGACCCGUAAUCUUAACUACCAAACUUAAAAUGUGGAAUUUCUUAUCAAAAACAUGAAUCGUUCUUAAUGAAUCCUUAAGACAGUC